UGCAUCUCCUCUGCAAGUGGAAAUGUCUGAUAUUGCUCAACUGUGGCCAGGAUCAUUUUGCAUGACUUUUUCACCAAAAGGCUGCCAGAUUCCAGAUCAGGUGGAUGGCUGGACUAUACAUGGACUCUGGCCAAGUGAGUCCAUAUACUGCAAUAAAACAUGGCGUUUAACUCACAAGGACAUUGACGAUCUUCAGGCUAACUUGUCCCAUUAUUGGCCAAGUCUAACCAAAAUUAAUUCUUUCAAGUUUUGGGAGAAGGAAUGGCAUAAACAUGGUACUUGUGCAGCCUGUGCUGACAGCAUGUCCUCUCCACACAAAUACUUCAGCCUUGCACUCCAGCUCCGGAUGAAGUUCACCAUCAAUGAGGCCUUCAUUGCUGCUGGUAUCACCCCUUCAUGUGAUAACAGCUACACGUUGGAACACCUCCACUCAGCACUAACUGAUUUGGGUACUCAUGUUAUCCUCCCAGUGUUACAAAAACUACGUUGCCUUGGCGGACCACACGGCCGAGGUGACACGGUCGUCACGUGGCUCACGUCAAUCAACAGAUCCAGCGCUGAUUGGCUUGAAGCCGUCGCAAGGCGGGCUUCAGGCAAGUUCCGGUUGGCGGGCUUUUGA